AUGUGGUGGGGCAUUGCCUACGUGCGAGGUGACCUGCAUCGGGUGCAUGAUGACACAUACAGUCCGUGCGUGGCCAAUGUAUACAACUUUCCCUCUGCCUUCCUCUUCUUCAUAGAGACCGAGGCCACCAUUGGCUAUGGACACCGCUAUAUUUCUGAGCGCUGCCCAGAGGGUAUCGUGCUUUUCCUUUUCCAGUCGCUGCUGGGCUCUGUUGUCGAUGCGCUUCUCAUUGGCUGCAUGUUCAUUAAGAUGUCUCAGCCCAAGAAGCGAGCUGAGACCCUCAUGUUCAGCCGUGCUGCAGUCAUCUCACAGCGAGAUGGCAAGCUCUGCCUCAUGUUCCGUGUUGGCAACCUCCGCAAUAGCCACAUGGUGUCUGCCCAAAUCCGGUGCAAGUUGAUCAAGUCCCGACAGACACCGGAGGGAGAAUUUUUGCCAUUAGACCAGUGUGAACUGGAUGUUGGAUUUGGAACUGGAGCUGACCAGCUGUUUUUAGUUUCCCCGUUAACCAUCUGUCAUGAAAUUAACUCAAAGAGCCCCUUCUUCUGUCUCUCACAAAGAUCACUGAGAAGGGAGCAAUUUGAAAUAGUUGUCAUCCUUGAAGGAAUCGUUGAAACUACUGGAAUGACAUGCCAAGCUAGGACCUCAUAUACAGAAGAUGAAGUUCUUUGGGGUCACAGAUUCCUCCCGGUGAUGUCCCUAGAAGAGGGCUUUUUCCAUGUUGAUUAUUCUCAGUUUCAUGCUACGUUUGAAGUCCCCACUCCUCCUUACAGUGUUAAAGAGCAAGAAGAACUGCACAAAAAUGAAAUAAACAGU